AUGAUGGGCCGUCAAUGUCGCAAUCCAUAUAGCCAGUCGCCAAGUGGAAGUGACUUCUCUGGUACAGACAGUGAUAGCGGCUCUGAAACUGAUAUUACCGAGCCUGAGGACAAGGAAGCUCAGUUAGAGUAUGCCAGUGACGCUGCCCUACUCUUUGCAGACAACGAGCACCCACCGGAGUACUACAUCAAGCAACUUGGUACCUUCGACGAGGCAAUCUAUACUCAGGAAGACUACGGAAAAGGCACCACGACCCUUCUCGACCGCGUCGAGGAAAAAUGGACCCAGUUCUGUCGUUUCAUUCAAAAGGAGCCCGGAGAGGAAUACCGUCGCAUAUCGAUUCCUAUUCUGUAUAACUUCCUCGAAUGGACUCUCAAUUUGCGACGCGGCAAGAAUGGAAGAAGGCUUCCGGGGAUCAAGUGCAAAAGCUCCUUGGAUACGUUCUGGAAAGUAUUUCGCCUGGUUCACGAAAGGUUCACAUCAAACAAAAUCGGUAAUCAAAUGAACCGUCAGAUGCGGCGAGUAAUUCGAAGAUUAGCCAAGAAGUAUAAAUUGUCGGAAAGAGGAAGGGAUAAGCCGCCUAUGGAUGUUCAGGAUUUGGCCAAGGUUGUGGAAACUACAAUCAGCACAACAGAGAAAAAGUUCGGGCAUGGCCGCCACCGCAUAGAGCUUGGGCUUUUUUUGCAGCUAGCAGGUCUCACAACCAACCGGCCGCAGGCCAUUCUUAAUCUGCGAUACCGUCACAUCCAAGUCAGCCUCUUGCGUGAUCCACGAGGCGGGCCACAUCGUAUUGUGAUAGAAUUUACUUUUGAAUUCACCAAGGAAUGGCUGGGCGCUAAAGAUGCGAACACAUAUAUUCUACCAGAAAUCAUUUUUGAUCCUUCGUUGGUGCUAAGCCCUCAUGUUUUCUUGCUAGGCCUUCUCUUUGCGGAUCGUGCAUUUGAUCGCGUUGGCGGAGAAGAAGUACUUGUGUCCGCCAGUCAGCUUCCUCAGAUCCGAAUUCGCGAAGAGUGCAAUGAGCUAAAACUACAACUUGACUCAACGAUGGAUGAUGUACCAGUAUUCCGGAUGUCGGAAAGGACUUUGAACGGGAUCGGUAUCUCUCCCGCUAGACCUCUUCCUUACUCGACCUUGGAACCGUGGGUCAAGAAGAUUGGAGUGAUCACAGGCAUCCGACAGGUGACACGUCCGUAUAGUUUACGCUAUGGAGCAGGAACGGCUCUUGACAGUAGUGGCUCGGUCAGUGAUUCUAUGCGUAAUCUUGUCAUGCACCAUGCCGAUACGAGAACAUUUCUAAAGUUCUACCUCAGCAGAAGAAUCUCGAAGAAUUUGCCAGCAAUAAUUCGCGGCCUCGACCCAGAAGACGAUAUCAUGCGUGCAGCCUGCCGGAUGAGUCGCACUAUCGAUCCAAAUCGUCCACAGAGGCUGACUACCGAGCAAUCCUUCUCUCUCAAUCACUUGACAGUGGUUAAAAAAUUGAUACGUCAGCGUGAUGAGAUCGUUCGAUCCUUUCAAGGCCCCCCAUCAAAGCACAAAGGAACACCAAGAUAUGAAGCCUACAGAAAAUUGAACCAAGAGCUGGCAGGGACCAAAAAGAGAGAAUAUGAUAAACUUCUCAAGGAAGUGCAAGAAAUAUAUGACAGAGAGCAACCUAUGCUGGAGAUCAAGCGUCAGUUGUCAGGGAUCGGACAACAAGAUUCUUCGCCCAAGCCUCUGAAAUGCUCGAACGAUGUUCCUCUUCCGCAGCAACGCUUGAUCAACAGCCUCCUUUCUUUACCUCGCUCGACGAUAGAAGAGGAGACGCUUCGAAGAACUGAAGCAAUUAAUGCAGUAGCCGAAUACUCCCAAUUUCAGGAGGGAGACACUUGUCGUCUGCCUCGGGAAAAGCGACCAAAAGAUUCUAGUGAAAAUUCCCAACUGAAAAAUGAAGCGCCCGACACAAUCGAUCAGCAAGAAUGCCCUCUUGAGUCUGCUAUUCGAUCUGCAAUGAAAGAUCAUCGACCUUUAUUUUGUUUUAUUUGCCUGGGGCAACCAAAUCUGGACGUUCCCAAGCGUACGCAAAAGUUUGCCUCACACGGAGACGUCACAAAACAUAUCCGGGUCAAGCAUCUCAAGAAAAUUGUGUCAAGCAACCCAAUUGAAUGCAAACUCUGCGGCGAGGAGUUCGCAGAGAUCAUGCAUCUCCAGCGACAUGCUUCUGAUUUUCACUCCACUGUGACUGGAUCUCUUUGGCAAAAUAUGUCU